UCGCCCAAAUCCCAGAAAAGAAAGAAAAAAAUUAAAAACAAAAUCGAAAUGGGGAGGAGGAGGAUUAGGUUGAAAUUGAAGAGGAGGCCAAGAGAUGUGACGAAGAAGAAGAAUAAGGUUGGAGGAAUACUCUGCGACUUCUGCGGAUUCUCCACGCGGUAUGAACGAGAUCACAUGGAGAGCGAGCUCAAGAGAUUACGUGUUUUGACCAGGAGAAUGACUGGCAAGGAUCUGGACGGUCUGAGUUUCACAGAGCUUGUGUUUCUUGAAAACCAUCUCAGAGAAGUCGUCUUGCCCAUUGUGAACAAGAAGAAUGAGCAGCUGGAGGAAGAUUUGGAGAGUUUGCUCAUACAGAGUGAAACAGUGGACGAGUAUGGUGGUAGGAUGAGAGUGGCUCCCCGCAGAUUCUCUAGCGGCAACAGCUCGGGAGAGGGACAAGUUGGUGAAGCAGCACCAAUGUCGAAAUUGCAGAUAGAGUUCGAAAGACGAAAGGCUGAAUCCAUGGAGAUGGAGUUCGAGAGGCUGUGGCUACUGAAGGAGAGACUGAAUGGUAGAGAGCUGGAAGAUAUGACCUAUGCCGAGAUGGGUAUUCUUCACCGUCAGAUAUACCAGGGGUUGAUGGAUUUGCGGGAACAUAGAUUUGGACCAACACGGGAACAACUCGACAAAGAGAAGAAGUUGCUCACUCGGAAGAUGGUUCCCGGAGAUGUUCAUUAGGAUCAUCAGCAUCUUGUUCAAUCACCACAGCUUUGUGCUCCAUAUCGGUCUUGUAUGACCCACCUAUGGUUUCUUCUAUGUUAGUCUUUAAUUUAUAUAAUAAUAAUACUUAGUUAACUUAUGUUAAAUUUCGGAGUAUCUUUGGGGAUUUUCAUUCACUAUAUGUGCUUUUUGUUGACAUUUUCUCUUUUUGUUAAUAUUUUGUAUUUGCACAA